AUGAAGAAGAAUGAAAGGGCAAAUUUAUCGGCCUCUUAUAAUGAUCUAAUUGCGAGCAUCACCAAUCCUCGAAUUACGAUCAUUGGAACAUAUCGCGUUGAAAGCGUCGUCGGUGAGGGGAGUUUUGGAAAAGUGUACCUUGCAGUUCAUCUCCUUACAAACACAAAGGUCGUUCUGAAAUCGUCUUCUCGUAGAGAGGCUGUCAUUUUAGCCCGAGAAAUUCAUCAUCAUCGUCGGUUGUUGCAUCCCAACAUCACGCGCCUGUAUGAAGUGAUAUGUGCGGAAGAUCGAAUCUACCUAGCAAUGGAGUAUUGCCCCAAUGGGGAAUUGUAUGAAUUUGUCUCUCGUCAAGAGGCGUUGACUGAAAAGAAGGCUUGCAAGCUGUUUUGGCAAUUGUGUUGCGCUAUUAAAUAUUUACACACGCAAGGCUGUGUUCAUCGCGACUUGAAACUUGAAAACAUUUUUCUAGACAAAAAUUUCGAUAUUAAAAUUGGUGAUUUUGGGUUUUCAAGGGACACUGAUUGUUCACGCCGAACGUUUAUGAGUACACGCUGCGGCACUGUAGCCUACUGUGCUCCUGAAAUUGUUCUCGGUCAGAAAUAUAUUGGCGAAUGCGCCGAUAUUUGGUCUCUUGGUAUUAUCAUGUAUGCAAUGUUGGUCGGUCGUUUGCCAUUUGAUGAAGACGACACCAGUCUGACCGAACAUAAAAUUAUAAAUGAACAGCCAUUCAUACCAGAAACGAUAUCCCCUAAUGCAACUGACUUACUUAUUCGCUUGUUACGCAAAGAUUAUCGUUUCCGACCUUCCAUCGACCAAAUCAUCUCCCAUCCUUUUUUUCGGGAUAAUAGAUAUCAUUUCUCAUCAAUUAAAGAUGUUACGAUAUCUACUAAAGCAGACGAUAAAGUUCGUCGAAGGCUGGAAUUGGUCGGCGUCGAUAUCGGUCAACUGAACUUGAGUAUUUCUGAAAAACGUUGUGAUCUUUUAUAUGGGUGGUGGCUAUUGCUACUUGAAAAGGAAACAAAAAAGGAGAACAAGAAAAUUCAUUUGUUUUAUUUGCAACAUUCCAAGGGAAAGUCUUCUUCCUUUCAUAUCCCGCCGUCUUCCCCCUCAUUAGAAACCGCCGAGGUGUCUGUAACCUCUAAUAAUUCAAAAUUCAAUAAUUCUUCUCGGUCUUACCCUGGACAAAGCACUGGGAACUUGCUUUCUACGUUCAAAAGUUGGUUGCUUGAUUCUAAGUCUAAACAUACCUCGCGGACGGCUUCCCCAAGCUUUGAUACUGUUUCAACGUCUUCGAAAUGCUCAAAAAACAGUAAAAUUCUUAGAAAAAAGAAUUCCUUUGAUAGUACUUCAAGCAAAAAUGGAAGCGAUUAUAAACGGCCUUUCAACUCAGUUUCCUCGACGGAGGCGAUAGUGGUUCCUCGAAAGAGUCCCAUUGUUCAGCAGUCUUGUCCUUCCACAGAUCCUCAUUAUAGAAGAUCCAAGCCGAAAGAAGAAGAAAAGCAGAGCCUAUCUGUUUCUCCUACUUCUGAAAAAAACACUUCAGAGAAUUUUCAAUCACCGGCUUCAGUAUCUGAAGGAUCUCUAAUAUCUACCAGUCUUCCAAAUAUAAGUAAUCGUCUUUCCAAUUGUCGCGGAUGCAACUUGUCCCAGCUAUCAUCCGUAAAUUCUUCCAAGUCCUCUCUGACACGAUCAUAUUCGAAUCUAUCUUCGACGUCUUCAGCUUCGUUAGUAUCGAUUGUGUCUUCUCGUCCGUCAACUGGAUCUGGCACUCGACCUACAUCUUAUCAUCAUCCUAUAGAUCGUUUGCAUAAAAGCUUUCAAUUUUCCGGUGGCGAUUCCAAUAACACACGGGUUAAUGCUACUGCCAUCUUUACUAUUGGCGCUGCUCGUCGUAUAGCUCCAACCUCGUCGUCGUUAAUGUAUAAUAACCAAAAUUUUGUACAGGAGGAAGAUGAGCCUGAAGAAAGUUUUACAUCCGAUUCUUCAAGGCAUUUUUCCGACAUUUUUUAG